AUUCACUCUAAAAUACGAAAAGCCCCACGUGAGAGAUGAGAGCUGCUGAAGAUGGAGAUGGAAAUGAGAGCUGGUGAAGACAUAGGAAUCGGCGAAGACAUAACCCCACCACUCUCUCCACUCUCUUUCUCUCUCUACGACUCCUUUCUUUACUCCCACUGCUCUUCUUGCUUCUGCCCACUCCCUAAUCGCCCUUCACAUCCCACACCCAUUCCCCACUCUCUCCUCUACUGUUCCCCUCUCUGCUCCUCCUCCAACUCCCCUCUCCACUUCUACUCCGCCGAAUUCCACCUCCUCCGUUACCUUUCCUCCACCUCUCCUCCCCCCUCCUCCUCCUCCGACCUCCGCGCUGCUCUCCGCCUUCUCCACUCUCUCCCUUCUCACUCCUACCCACUCGGCAGGAUUUCCGGAUUGUUGACCAACCACCAUAAGUUAUUCGCGGAUGAAGAGAUAGUCGCGCGAGUUCGAUACGGAGCCAGGGCGAUGGCGGCCGCCAGGAGAUUGCGAGAUGGAAAACAAGAGUUGAUUGAGCUGGAUGAAAAUGAAUAUGACGCCGUGUUGUUCGAGGAGGAGGAGGCUGCGCUGUGCUUGGUGCUAACAAACGCUGUGGAGGUGCAGGAUAGUGAUGGUUGUACUCUCGGGAUUGCUGUUUAUGAUCCUACCUUCUCCUGGAUUAAUCACAGCUGCUCUCCCAAUGCUUGUUACCGGUUCUUGAUUUCUAAACCUAGUACAGCGGCAUUUCCGGCGGACUCCAAGCUGCGAAUCGUUCCAGGAGGCAGCAAUGGAGAAAAGAGUGUACGUAGCAAUGUUGAACUUACAAGAGCAUAUGGUGAAUAUGGGCCAAGGAUGAUUGUGAGGAGCAUUAAGAGGAUCAAGAGAAGUGAGGAGGUAACUGUGGCAUACACAGACUUGUUGCAACCUAAGGCAAUAAGGCAGUCAGAGUUGUGGUCAAAGUAUCGUUUUAUUUGUUGUUGUAAACGGUGUAGUGCCUUUCCCCCAACUUAUGUAGAUCGUAUGUUGCAGGAAAUUACUGCUUCAAAUCUUGCCCCUUCAAGGUUAAGUUCUGAUCACAGCUUUUGUAGAGAUGAAGCAAGCAGAAAGCUGACAGAUUAUGUAGAUGAAGUUAUAUCUGAGUAUUUAUCUGUGGGUGAUCCUGAAUCUUGCUGUGAGAAGCUUGAGAGCAUGCUUAUUCUUGGUAUCCUUGAUGAGCCAUCGGAGACGAAGGAAGGAAAAGUACAGUUGGAUAUUAAGUUGCAUCCUCUGCACCAUAUUGCCCUGAAUGCAUACAUAACACUGGCUUCUGCAUAUAAAAUGUACGCAAGUGACUUGCUCGCUCUCUGUUCUCAAAUGAAUGGACAUCAGUUGAAAGCUUUUGACAUGUCCAGGACUGGUGCAGCAUACUCCUUAUUGCUUGCAGCUGCAACUCACCACCUGUUCUGCUUUGAAACUUCACUUAUUGUCUCUGUUGCAAAUUUCUGGACAAGCGCAGGGGAAUCCUUAUUAACUUAUGCUAGAAGCUCAGCAUGGGAUUUGUUUGUGAAACAGGAAUUGACGGGCUCAAAACUUCUUUCCCUUCGUAAUCAUAAAUGCUCAAAGUGCUCAGUGCUGGAUAGAUUUGAAGCCAAUUUUUCUCUUAGUGAAGAUCUAAAUGAAGAUUUUGGGAACAUAUCAAGCAAAUUUCUUGAUUGUAUCACAAGUUAUUCACAUGAAGUAUGGAAUUUUCUAAUUCCAGGUUGCCAUUACUUGAAAAUGUUUAAAGAACCAUUUGAUUUCAGUUCUUUUGCUCAAUUAUCAAAUAUAUCAGACUUUGAAGCUAAUUUAGGCAGAAAUAAUAUGGAUUCGAGUUGUUGGACUGGGGAAAGUAGUUCUGGAUUUGGGGCACAUGAGCACACCAGCCAGGAAAGGAUAAAUAUUUUUCAGCUUGGCAUCCAUUGCUUACUUUACGGGGAGCACUUAGCAAGCAUAUGUUAUGGUAGACAUUCUCACUGGACCAGACACAUCCAGAAUCUUUUAUAUUAUGAUUGUGAAGAGAAAUAAAACAAGUUAUUUUUGUUUUGCAUUAUCCAGUUUGGUCAAAAAGUAAACUCUUGAUGAAAUUUAGGUUGAAAAUUUCCACGCAGCAGCAAAUUCAGCUAAGACCUCUCUAGAGAUGGGCUUGGAGGCAGCAAUGCGCACAGACAGUUGAAUCAAUAACGGUAAAUUAGUAGUCUUUAUAUGGAGUUGCACAAGCCUCCUUUUUUCUAUGUGAAUCAGAAUUCAGAAGAAUCAUCAACUACUUUUCUAUUUGCUUUGUGUGUUCAUGGGUACUAUGGGUGCUAGUGUGCGCAUAUAUUUCAUUUCAUCAGUUGUAUGGUGUAGUAACAUGAUGUAAUUGGUGAGGGCAGAUGGGAAUUUAUGGAGCAGUGUGUUAUGUUGUUGGUGUAUGUUAAAUUUAAAGCAGAUUAAGAAAUGUUUGGUGGGAGGUAAUCUCUCUGUUUCUGUAAUAUCAACUAAUCAAUUCUUUUGAUUGCGACUUCAUAAGGUGGAAGACUACAUAAUGUUCAGUAUGAA